GGUAAUAAGACAGCGCUACAAAAAUUAUUUUGAUAUAUGCUCAAUCUUUUAAAGCAAACUUAGAAUUUAUUGCUUUGCCUCACCUCUACACUCCUAACUACCUCACCCAUAUAACCCCACUUGUGGAUCAUCAUCAUCAUAUUCCCCUGCAAGGUUCAGUUCUGAAACACAAACAAACCUGCACAUUCCAUUCUUCUUGUUCCUGUGAUCCUGAUCACAAUGCCAGAGGUUUACACUGUUAAGGUUGAGGAGGGAAAGCCUGCAACUGAAGGAAAGCCAUCAGUAGGACCAGUGUAUAGGUGCAUUUAUGCCAAAGAUGGUUUGUUGGAGUUGCCUUCUGGUGUGGAGUCCCCAUGGGAUUUCUUCAGGGACUCUGUUAAGAGGAACCCUAACAACCCAAUGCUGGGAAGGCGUCAAAAGCUAGAAUCUAAGGAAGGUCCAUAUUCAUGGCUUACAUAUAAAGAGGUUUAUGAUGCUUCCAUCAAAUUGGGGUCUGCCAUGAGGAACCUUGGUGUCAAUCCUGGUGAUCGUUGUGGCAUAUAUGGUUCCAACUGUCCUGAAUGGAUCAUUGCAAUGGAGGCCUGCAAUAGCUGUGCAGUAACAUAUGUUCCCUUAUAUGACACACUUGGUCCUAAUGCAGUGGAGUUUAUCAUAAAUCAUGCUGAAGUUUCAAUUGCAUUUGUACAGGAAAAAAAGAUUGCAUCAAUUUUGUCAUGUCUUCAACAAUGUUCUUCCAAUCUUAAAACUAUUGUGAGCUUUGGAAAUAUUUCAACUUCACAAAAGAAAGAAGCCGAGGAGCAUGGCACAUCCUGCUUCUCAUGGGGAGAGUUUCUCCAGUUGGGAAGUUUUGAUGGGGAUCUACCAUCAAAAAAUAAGACAGACAUUUGCACAAUAAUGUAUACAAGUGGAACAACUGGAGAACCCAAAGGUGUCAUUAUUAAGAAUGAGGCUUUCAUGGCUGAAGUGUUGUCUAUUGACCAAAUAAUCUUCUUAACAGGUAGAGUGGCAGGAGAGGAUGAUGUAUACUUCUCCUUUCUUCCUCUCGCUCAUGUAUAUGACCAGAUAAUGGAGACCUAUUGCAUCCACAAGGGCUCCUCAAUAGGAUUUUGGCAAGGCGAUGUCAGGUUCUUGAUGGAAGAUAUUCAGGUGCUGAAACCAACUAUAUUUUGUGGUGUUCCUAGAGUUUUUGACCGCAUUCAUGCCGGUAUCAAUAGCAAAGUUUCAUCUGGAGGAGCACUGCUAAGUACAAUAUUUCAGUAUGCAUACAACUACAAGUUAAGAAAUCUUGAGAAGGGUCUUCCACAGCACAAAGCAGCACCUCUGUUUGAUAGGCUUGUUUUUGAUAAGACAAAACAAGCACUAGGUGGGCGAGUCCGAAUCCUGUUAUCAGGAGCUGCUCCAUUGCCUAGGCAUGUAGAGGAGUUUUUGAGAGUCACUAGUGGAUCUACAUUAUCACAAGGAUAUGGUCUUACUGAAAGUUGUGCAGGGUGCUUCACUGCAAUUGGAGAUGUGUUUUCUAUGACUGGAACAGUUGGAGUUCCUAUGACAACCAUUGAGGCCAGGCUUGAAUCUGUGCCAGAAAUGGGAUAUGAUGCACUUUCCAAUGAACCUCGUGGAGAAAUUUGCCUGAGAGGAAUUACCUUGUUCUCUGGUUAUCAUAAGCGUCAGGAUCUUACUGAAGAGGUUAUGGUUGAUGGUUGGUUUCAUACAGGUGACAUCGGAGAAUGGCAAACUAAUGGAGCCAUGAAAAUUAUUGAUAGGAAGAAAAAUAUAUUCAAAUUGUCUCAAGGAGAAUAUAUUGCUGUGGAAAAUAUUGAAAACAAGUAUUUGCAAUGCCCUCUUAUAACAUCGAUUUGGGUGUAUGGAAACAGUUUUGAGUCAUUCUUGGUGGCUGUGGUGGUCCCUGAAAGAAAGGCCAUUGAGGAUUGGGCAAAAGACCAUGAUUUGACAGAGGAUUUUAAAUCUUUAUGUGAAAAUCUGAAAGUGAGAAAAUACAUUUUGGAUGAGCUCAACCGCACUGGUCAGAAACAACAACUUAGGGGUUUUGAGCUGCUAAAAUCUGUUCAUCUGGAACCAAAUCCCUUUGACAUGGAGAGAGAUCUGAUAACUCCAACAUUCAAAUUGAAGAGACCACAAUUGCUCAAGUGUUAUAAGGAUCAUAUUGACCAACUAUACAAGGAAGCAAAGGGAACAAAGGUGUAACUAUGUAUAUGCAAUAAUACUAAUACUUAUGCUGGCAGUUAAAGCAAAACCAAUUUGGUUUUUGUACAUUUUGUCAUCAAAUUAUUGACUAGAGUGGUAAUCUAUAAACAUAAGUGUCGUAUGUUGAAACAGCCAUUCCUCACGUCAUCCUUCAUUGGCUACUUAUGAUUAUUUUCAAAAUUCUGAAAUGCUAAUAGAAAUUUCAUGC